AUGGAGGAAGAACUCAAGAGAUUUAUCCAAGUAUGGCUUUCUGCAAUAGUCUCGGUAUGUUAUUGCUACUACAUAACUCCCAGAAUCAAAGCUGGUGCUCCUCGGUUUUUCUCUAUUCUUCCCGUCUGUGUUCAGUUCUUUGUAUUUCCCAUGCUCUUCUCCUCUUCGGUAUUCAUUUACCUCAUAAUGUAUUUCCUAACGCUCAUGGGAUCUGUAAAGCUCAUGCUCCUUGCCUUUGAUAAAGGUCCUCUUUUUCCACUUUCCCCAAAUCUCCUCCAAUUUAUCUGCUUCACUUGCUUCCCGGUUGAUAAACUUGAAGAAAACCCUAAAUCCCAACCUAGUUCCACCAACAAAACCUUCAAGAAUUUCGCCAUUAAAUGUGUAUUACUUGGAGUGUUAUUACAUGUCCUAAAGUACAAACAAAACCUUCCCACAAUUAUAUUUUGGGUUCUCCAGCCUUUUUGCAUGUACUUGCCACUUGAGAUUAUAUUAACCCUCAUCAAGUCUUUGUUUACUAUCAUUCUUGGCUGUGAGCUUAAGCCAGUGUUCGAUGAACCAUAUUUAGCCACUUCUCUUCAAGACUUCUGGGGUCGCCGGUGGAACCUCGUGAUCUCAUCUAUUCUCGGGUCAUGCAUCUACGUUCCCAUACGGCGCAUCUUCAAAGGCAACCCUGGUUUGGCUAAGUUCAUCGGUUUUUUUAUGACGUUCCUCGUAUCUGGUCUAAUUCACGAGGUUCUACGCUUAUGCACAUCUCGCACACUUCCUUCAGGGGGUAUCACUUUGUUCUAUAUGUUACAAGGGGUUUGUACUGCGGUGGAAGUGGCUGUAAAGAAUUCAACGUUUGGAAGGCGGUGGGCGGUGAGACCAGUGGUGUCUUGGUUUCUCACCAUGUUGUUUCUGUUUACGACCAGUAAUUGGCUUUAUUUCCCUCAAAUCACAAGGGGAAAGACACUUCAAUACUGA